AUGAAGAUAACAAACUACAGUGUUCCUGUGAUGCUUGCAAAAACAAAAAAGCUCGAUUGGCAAAAUUAAAAGCGCCUUCAUCAUUAGCUCAACGAAUCAACAAAACAGCUGUGGCAGUGGUAAUAGGGUGGAUUUUAUUUGGCUAUUUGGUGUAUAAAGUAUCAACGGUGGAAAUUGAAAUCGAAGUGUGGGAUCCGUAUGAGAUUUUGGGGGUUUCAGAGGGAACACCAUUAGAACAAAUAAAAAAGGUUUUCAAGAAACUUAGUUUACAAUGGCAUCCUGACAAAGCCCCCGAAGGUCAAAAAAUGGAACACGAAACAAAAUUUAUUGACAUUACAAAAGCAUAUAAAGUAUUGACAGAUGAAGAUAUUCGAAAGAACUAUGAGGAAUGGGGUCAUCCUGACGGGAAACAAGCCUAUUCGUUGGGUAUUGCUCUUCCUACAUGGCUGGUAGAGGCAAAGAACAACAUCUUUGUUCUCGGUAUAUACGGAGUUGUCUUUGGACUACUCUUACCAUUCUUUGUGGGACGUUGGUGGUACGGUUCAACUGGUUACACCAAAGACAAGAUCCGAACCCACACGAUGGCAUUCUACUUCAAAGAACUACGAGAAAAAUCCAGUGUUAAACAUAUACUUGAACUCUUAUCUGCAUCUGUAGAAUUUCUAGAAUUGGUCGAGCAACGUCCUUCUGAUGCGGCUGCUUUGUCCCCCGUUAUUUCAUCGGUGAAGGAAGAACUGGAUAGACGAUUUGGAGAAAAAUUCGAGAAAAGUAAAAAGUAUACCGCUCCGUACUGCCAAAAAGCUAAUGUAUUAUUGCACGCAUAUCUAUUACGAAUAAAAAUCUCAGACGCGACUUUAUUAAAAGACCAAGAAUUCAUCAUUGAAAAAGUUGCGCAUCUAAUCAAUGGCAUCCUCGAUAUAUCACUUGCACAUCAAUGGCUAACGCCAACCAUUAAUUGCUUGGAAAUCCGCCAGCUCCUCACACAAGCAAUCUGGCCAGGUGAAAAUCCGCUUGCGCAAUUGCCGUACAUAAAUCACGAGGUUUUAAAAGCGAUGAAAAGUAAAAAACGGAAUAUAAAAAGUGUGGUGCAGUUGAGAGAAAUGAAUGAGGAAGAUCGAAGAGCUUUGUUACGAAUUCUAUCAGAUAAUGAAUACGAAGCUGUUAAGAAUAUUGCGGAUGCUUAUCCUGCUCUCGAAAUUACUCGUGCACUAUUCAAAGUACCAGGCGAUAAUAUUAUAACAACAGGGUCAAUAGUCACGUUUAUAUUACGAGUUAGAUUAAUAGAAUCGAACGGAGAACACAUUGAUUCAUCAAUAUCAUCUAGCGAUGACGGCAAAGACAAAUUAUCGAAAUCCCCAAAAAACCCAAAUAACAGUAACAAUAAUAAGCCUGCAAUCAACGGCUAUCACACAUCUGAGAGCGAAUCAGAAGAUGACUUACUACUCAAAAAGAAAAAGCCAGCAACGCAAAACAAUUGGAUACACGCCCCGUACUUCCCACUAGAAAGACGACCAUACUGGUAUAUUUUCAUCGCGGAGGAAAAGCCCGAUCGGCUUAUAGUCAAUCCUAUUCGUAUUACGGGCAUCACAAACGAGGAACGUACAGUGCGAAUACAAUUUCAAGCACCGCCUGUUGCCGGUGCUACGAACCUUGUAGUAUAUAUAAAAAGUGAUUCGUAUGUUGGAAGUGAUAUCAGAAAAGAAGUAAAGCUUGAAGUAUUGAACUUUGAUGCCCUGCCUCCUGAAGAACCAAUAGACGACGAAAUAUCAGAACCUGAGGAAGAUUCGAUUGCUGGUCAAAUGAAGCUUAUGCGUGAACAGGGAUUAACGGCAGCUGUAGCCGGUGGCACUGGAGAACAGAAAAACGAUAGUGAGAGCAGUGAUAGCGAUGAUGACUAA